GGGUCACCCCGGAGGGCUCCGGCCCGGCCUCCGCGGGGUUCCCGGCGGACUGGGACGUCCCCGCCGCCCUCAGGGACUCCCGCCGCCACCUCCGUCCUUCCCUCCUUGCCGCCCCGCUGCCGUGACCUCCAGCGGCAGGACGCGGGGCGAAGGCAGCUCCCGGGCGUCCAGGUGCCUCUCCGGCUGUGUAACAAAGAAAACUCUAAGCUGAGACAUGUAGAAAAAGAUGUUUUGAUUCCACAAAUAAUGAGGGAUCGAGCCAAGGAGCUGUGUUCAGAUAAGGUGCAAGCAUUUACUAAAUGCUGUCAAGAAACUGGUGUUCUGAUGGUGGUCAAGUGUCGGCAGGAGAACACAGCACUGAAGGACUGUCUGGUUGGCUACUAUUCUGAUCCAUCAUUCUAUGAAGAAUGCAAAGCAGAAUAUUUGAAGCAAAGAGAAGAAUACAGAGCAACUGGAAUUAAGAAAAAAAGACAGAAAUUUACUCAAAAUGUGUGAUUAAAACUUAAAAUGAACUUUUUUUAUAUGCAAUUUGGAUUUCACUUGAUUUAAACAGACUUAAAUUGUCUGUACCACUCUGUGUGGCGUUUAACUGAAACAUGCAAAAUGAGAGGAAUGGAGAAUAAAAUAAUGUCUGAAAUUAAGAGUCAAUUUAAAACCUUUUUGUAAUUAAAGAUCUAGAGCAUGCUACCACAGUUAGCAAGAGAGAUUACAAAGGCGUGUUCCUUUAUCUGGACUUGAGAUUUUGUUACCAGUGUACAAUUUGGAGUUUACAAUUCCAGAAUGUCCAUUCUGAAUUUAAAGCCUGUAUCUAGCUACAUGAGCCAGGCUACAUAAAAACUCGAGGGUGAGUUAAGUUGUAUCAGCUGAUCACAGAUGGGGUGUACACUGAAGUUGGUCUGUUAGUCACCAUCUGAAGCUGAUUGUGUAUGGAGAUGCACUUACUAGAAGAGAAGGGUGGCAAAUGCAGAAGAACUACUCAAACCAAUGUGAAUUACCCUCUUCAUUAAAAUGUUGUCAGAUGAGA